CGCCUCAAUUCAAGCUCAUCCCGCAUCGUGCCACACGCUAGUUAUGUAUGUAACACUAAACGCCCACUCUCCCGCUCCAUCCACAGCCUUCCCCACUUCACCAUCAGAGCGUGUACUAUGUACUACCUUUACGCUUUUGGGCCUUUUCUACAGGGAGAUCAUCCCCUAAGCCUCCUAGGCCUCUAAGGUCCCCCCCUUCUGUAGAGGCAAGUUUAGUCGGGACUCCAAGGCAGGCACCUGAUCGCUGUUCGGCUUCUAUGCCGCUCUCCUCUCUCUCUCUCUCUGUCUCUGCCACUCUGGGGGGCGCACUCACACCCCCGCCCCACAGCCUCCACUAACUGCCCUGUUCUUCGGGUGUCUGAACUUCAAGGCUCGAGUCUCUCUGGGUAUCGCCCAUCGCCGCCAUCCCCAGGGCGUCUUGUCGUUCGAUCAUGACCCGACCCCAGUUCGUCAAGGUACCGUAACUAUUGUCCAAGUCCGGGGUUCUUAGAGAUGCCGCACGCACUGCACUUGACGUACUGUAGCAACACAUAGAACAGACUAAGGCAGCUGGCACAUUUGUCACUUGAAACAAUCAUCAGCAGAGUCAACUUAUAUAAUAACUCUCAUCCGCUCUAUUCUCCCCCCAACGGUUUUCCCGUUUCCUCCUCCCAUCAUUAGACUAGUUCAAGUACGGAUUACUAUUACCGAGUUCCAUUUCUUCAAGUACGGAUUACUAUUACCGAGUUCCAUUUAACUUACCUUACCUUGCCUUAACUGCCAACCCUUGCCGAGUCCUAAACAGACACAAACCUUCAUACUACCUACCAGCCUUGUUCUCCUCCUCUUCCUCCUUCACAAUGAUGCGUAUUCCUCGACAAUCCUUUUCCACUGCCGCCCGUAUCCAUCCCAAUAUUGUUCCUCACCUUCGCCCCCAGAAAAGAAUGUCCUUUGGAAAGCUGGUCAAGCCCGUCGCGGCUGUUGUGGCUAUUGGUUACGGAGCAAAGCUAUCACUCGAAAUGGCUCAAAGACGACGCAUCGCUCAGAUGGAAGCCAUGGAGCGCGAGAAUGCCGCAUACCGAGAGCGAAAUGAGGCUCUCAUGAACAUGUACGGUGAUCGAUCAAGUCUCGACGAACUCGAAAAGGCCGUUCAAUAUUACGAGAAACGAUAAAUGAAUCCACCCAAGGAAGGAUGACACAAAGAAAACCAAAACCAAAACCAAAACCAAAACCAAAACCAAAAAGAAAGAAAGAAAAACACCAAAGUCGGGCUUCACAACGCCCUUGUCUCAUUUUACUUACUUGCUUGAAGCGACGGCGAUACCUCCCCCGGGGAUGUGUCGGAGUUUACUGGUACGGCUUUCACGACCACCUCAAGCCUUGAAAUACUGCAUUGGAUCGGCGUUUAAAGGAAUACCAUCUUGCUUGGGAUUAUUGUUUGAAAGGACAACUCACCUGGUUGGCUUUCAUCAGGGUCCAACAUUUAUCUCACGACCCAGCGGCAAAUAUGGAUGCUGUAUGAAAGAUUACACUACACUACACUGUACUGCAAUACACUAUACUGGGGUAUAGAAAUAUCCCAUUUUCCAUGUACACACACCUUGUCUUAUUGUUCUCCCUCAAUUACCUGUUUUGUGUAAGGUAUCGGCAGCUCAGUCCCACAUGCUCACGCCUUGCUUUGAAUUUUCACAUUCAACUCAACCCAAAAACGUCAUGAGCCUCGCUGGAUCACAGGCCGAGGUUUCCCGGCGGCUAAUGAGCCUCGAUAUCCAUGCCGUGUUUCUAGAUGUGAACUCUGCAAUGCAUUCACCCCGAGGCUCGUAAUCCUAACAAGUGAACCCCUGUAUACCCAAUAGCGCAGGAUCGAUUUAAAUUAAAUGUUGGGCAGCUCUAUGGCAACUCCCUGGCGCCCUGAGUCUCAUCCCUCUAGGCUGUCUGGCGCCACACACUCUUCAUCAUGUUGGUAGCGGGCCAUGUAGCAAUCGCUGCGACCAUAAGCUCUGGCAUAAGCCCUUCUUCAGUGCUCCAGUGAGCCGACAGAGGCAUCCAUGGAAGUGUUCCAAGGACCUCAGCCUUCCAGUUAUUCUUCCACUCCUCUUCGGCAGCGACAUCGCCGCUUGUCGCUCGGCGCGCACGUUCAACCAGCAAACGGACGAGCUCGAGGGCGACCCACGCGCACCAUGAGCGAGCAGCCAUGAUACCUAGCUUGGCGCUCGUCUUUGGCGACAGGUUGGUAGCGCCCUUACAGGUCAGCCAGCAAGCGCCUUCGCCAAUGUUGUAGAUCAAGUUACAAAUGAUCUGUACAGUCAUGAAGGCAGUGUUGACUCGGUUGGGAGCAGGCACCUUGACACCACUCGCAUCGAGUUUCUGACCACGUAGACGAAGAAUCAGAUCCUUGGCCUCGAGAUAUGUGCCGAUGAUACCCCACAUACGGUUCAUAGUACGCCACUCACCCAACAUGUUGGUGAAGCCCUGGAUGUACUUGGACAGAUUGAGGGCUAGAGUAGCAAGAGGCGGCGCAGUCGCGGUAGAGAGGACGACUGAGGUCGAAGGCGGUAGCUUGAAGGCCAUCUCGACGACCUUGCGGGCGGAGUGACGAAGAGUAGUCCGACCCAGGAUGCUGAGAAUGGCACCGAUCAAGCGAGCGGUGUAAGUUGUGAAGAGGAGGACAGUAUCUGUGCCUCUUCGCGUCUGAAUGACGCGGUCGAGAUGUUGGACGAAGUCAUCUAUGGCAGAUGGCGACUUGAGGAGUCGCGCGAGAGGACUAGACUUUUGUGCGACAUUUUUGGUUUUGUUGAUGUCGGAAUUGGAAUUGGAAUUGGAGUUUGAGUUGGAGUUGAGGCUCUUUUCGAUGGGCUCGGCCGGAGGUGUAUCGGCGGCGACGGGCUCCGCUGAGGGAAUGACGAUGGCCUCGGCGGGGGACUCAACUACUACAGCUGUUUCUGUUUCUGUUUCUGUCAUGGCGGCGGGUGAUUAGGAAGGGAGAAGCUCACGGUGAGCAUCGAGAGGAGUAAAAGAAAAAUAGAAUAAAAAAAUGUAAUGAAAAUAACGGAAGACAAAAAACUUGGCAAAUGGGGAGGUCAACGGCAAGUUGUACCUGGUUAUGGCCUUACCUAGGUUAUUAGCGGACUCAGGAACGCCGUGACGUGGGGACAUGAAUUUUUAUCAAUCAGUACAUCUUCCAUGUACCUUUAUGCUCUUUUCGCUGAGUUGACCGAGGCCGCAGGUGAAAACUCCGC